AUGACAUCCCCCAAACUAAAAACCACAAUCGCCAUCCUCGGCUGCGGCGACGUCGGCUCCACCCUAGCCUACACCCUCAUCCUACAACCCAUCUGCUCAGAGGUAAUCCUCGUAGACCCCAAAACCACGCUCCUGGAAGCCCAAGUCCGCGAUCUAAACGACGCCACCUACCGCGGCGGCACCUCUGUCCGCGUGCGCGCCGGAACGCACGCCGACGCCGGCCGAGCAGACAUCGUCGUCAUAACCGCCGGCGCAAAGCAGAAGCCAGGAGAAUCACGCUUAUCCCUCUUAUCCCGUAACCUGCACAUUCUAGAGAGCAUAUUCAGUGCCAUGGCGCCGAUCAGUCCGCACACGAUCUUACUGCUUGUGGCGAAUCCAGUGGAUAUCCUGACGUAUUUUGCGAGGCGGUUGUCGGGUUUGCCCGAGAGUCAGGUGUUGGGGACGGGGACGAGUUUGGAUUCUGCGAGGUUGAGGGGCGUGCUGAGUGAGAGGGCGGGGGUGGCGCCGAGUAGUAUUGAUGCUUAUGUGUUGGGGGAGCAUGGGGAUAGUCAGUUUAUUGCGUGGUCCAGCGCUACUAUCGGCACAACACCACUUGCUCUUGCUCUUCCGCCAGACACGAUGUCUCAGGAGUUCAAGGACCAAAUAUCGGCUCAUACUCGUGGAGCAGCUGGCGCGAUCAUCGCGGCGAAGGGUUGCACAAGCUACGGCAUCGGAAACAUCGCGGCUGGUAUCUGCAAGUAUAUAUUAUUCGACUCACGAUCCGUUCGGCCCUUGUCCUUCUACCAGCCUGAGCUGGGCUGCUGCUUGUCAAUGCCAGCAGUAGUUGGUCGAAAGGGUAUCAUCAAAGCCAUGCCAGUUCAGCUUGACGAGGUGGAGAAGGCGCAGUUGGAGGCCUGUGCCAAAGGACUGAGGGGUGUGAUUGAGGGAGCUGAGAAGGAGUUAAGCGCUGAUCGUGAGCUGGAGAAGGCACUGGCGAGCGACAAGGGAGUCUGA